AUUGCUGAUAAAGUGUGUGGGUCCCCUGUGGUUACAAGUUACCUAUACACGUAUUAUUUUUUAUAAGGACCUUUUCAUAAGAACGAUGAGGCUGAGCUGAGAUUAACUAAAAUUUAAGAACACACUGACUCAGAAAUUUACCCAGGCUCAACCUUAUCUUAACCAACUAUGCCCCCCUCCAGAUAUUUAGGCAAUGUUUUAUCUGUUCAAGAAAAGGAACCACGCACUUUUCAAAGACUUUUUAGCGGCAUUACCAUGCAUAUUCUAAGGUUACUAAGACAGGUCACGUUUGACUCAUAAUUGCUAAGUCUUUACAUUAUUCCAUUCACAGUUCAUCCACACUAAAACUUUAGACAGAACAGAAGAAGAGAUCGCGUGGGCGGGGUUAGAAGGAAACGGCAUCAAAACAAACGAUCAUGGCUGCGAGUGACCCUGAAUUAUACGACGUGAUCGUGGUCGGCGGUGGCCCCAUGGGAUUAUCCGCGGCGUACCAGUGCGCUGUCAAAGAGGGAAAGAAAGUAAUGAUCAUUGAGCAGUACAAAUUUGGAAACACAUAUGGUUCAAGUCCUGGGUUUAGUCGCCAAUUUCGUAUCUGCUACUCAGAGCGAUAUCUGUGCCAACUGGCUAUCGAGUCAAGUAAAGAAUGGGACAAGCUCAUGCAAGAGUUAAAUGACAGCUCCCUUCUGGAUAGAACAGGCUGCCUUUGGUUUGGCGAUGCUACUGUCGAAAGUAGUGAGGGCAACAUUGACAAGGCUGCAGAAAACCUCAAAGCGUUGGGAGUAACUGACUACGAUUUGCUUGAAGGCAAAGAGGCAAUUCAGAGCGAUGAGCGGUUUUCUUUCAUUUCGGACGCGGUUAACGACAUCGAUAAUCCAAAAGCUCUGUAUGUUGGUGAUGGGGGCACCAUAAAUGUACCUGCCGUUAUCGAAGGCUUUGCUGAAUCCAGUGAUAAAGACGACGACGGCGUCGGUUUUGUUUUGGAUUUUCUACCAGAAGCAUGCAGCAAUAACCGCAUCGUCCUUUUCACAGGUGGAUGGGGUAUGAAGUUCGUGCCUGUCAUUGGAAAGAUACUUGCAGAUUUGGCGAUUAAAGGGAAGACAGAGUACAGCCAACUCAUUAAGCCAUGGAAUAUUAACCGUGGAGUUCUCGUCAAAGCAGGUGGCACUACCAUCAUGGCUCAGCAAUCGGUAAAAGGUAGUACCAGUUUGCAGCGAGCAGCUUUGUUCGAAAAGUGGUUAGGCCCGUAGGAGGAACAAAUUAAGUUGUGAAAUAGUAAAACUCUCCAAAAAAUCCAUUGGGAAACUAGUAGUGAAGAAAAGUCAGGGUCAUAAUCAAUAAGUUUUGGAAUUUAUUUGUUUAGUUAUAUAUAUUUUGACUUCCUUUAUAUUACACAGUCGUCCUACUGUCUGAAACAGAAAUGUCCUCAGUGAACGUUGCACCAAUUGAAAAUGAAUCACAAAAAAACGCCAACGGGAACAUGAAUUAGUAUUUGCGUACUGAGAAAUACCUGCGCUUCAGUUGCUUCAAUUGUUCCUCAUUUUCUUUUGAAAAUUAUCCCGAAUCUAGAUAAUGAUAAUCUUUGUAUAUCUUGUUAAAAAUGGCAUUACGUAAAAGUUAUCAGCAGUUGCUGAUUUUGUUUUGUAAGAAUGCAUGUCUCAGCUAAUUUUUCAAUAUACGUUACAUUUAAUUUAUGCUCUCAUGAUGCCCAAAUUCAGGGGCGUAGCGUGAGGUUGUGAAGGUGUACGCCCAAGAAUAAAAUUUCGAGUGCCAAAGGCGCUUCAAACGUAACUGGUGUCUCCCCCCGAAAAAUUUUGAAAUUCGAGGUCUCGG